AGUUGAACAAAUUAGGUUCCGAAAAAAGAAGGAGAAAAUUUUAUAAUAAAAAUGGACUUUAAUCAAGAUCUAGAUCCAGUGCCGCCUAAUAAUUUUGAAGCAGGUACUUCGGACAGCACGGUUUAUAUAAUUUUAGGAAUUAUUUUCCUCUUAGUUAUCAUUUGGAUUAUGAAAGUAUGCUGCAAAGGUGUGAAUUUUAUUGACUUUUGUUGGUUUUUUAAGAAUUGCUGUACAAGAUCUGAAGAAAAAGAAGUGCCUGAAAAUCAAAAUGAAGUGAUUUUUAUUCAAGAUAAUGAUAAAGAUUUGAUGAGUUCAAUUCCAGUUGGAAAUUUAAAUAAUGAAGUUAUAGUUUUGGAUUGUGGAGAUCAAGUUCUGACUGAUGAAAACAUUCAGCAAAUUUUGAGUCGAAAUGGAACUUCAAAGAGCAAUAAAUCGAGCAGGAAAAAUUAAAGCUUAAUGGCAAGAAUUAAAUUAUAAACUAUAAAUUCAAACCUGGAUGUUUAAUGAUGUUUUAAAGAUGGAUUGGACUUAAUUUUAUAGUUGAAUGGAAUUUUAAGAUCAGAUUUACAAUUUUGUUUUUUAAAAAUGUGCAUUAAGUGUUGAGGCAUUUCUCUAGUGACUUAUUAUCAUUUAAAAAUACAAAAAUAAAAAGAACCAAAGGC